GGACAACUUCAUAAUGUUACGACGCUAAAACAUGCAUUGGUGUAGAAAUUUGUUUGCAUUGAUAAAAUUCACAGUCAGUAAUUUUCUCGUGUACGUAAAAUUUAUGUUUUAUAUGUUUCUGUUUAAUUUGGCAGUAAUUUGAACUAACAAUGUCUUUUGACUUUAGUGGGAAGAAAGUGCUAGUGACGGGAGCAGGUAAAGGAAUUGGACGAGGAGUGGCUAUUGCUCUAAGUGAAAGUGGUUGCAAAGUUUAUGCUUUAAGUCGGACAAAAUCUACACUCGAUUCGUUAACAGAAGAAUAUCCAAGUAUAACACCUAUUGUAGCGGAUUUAUGUGACUGGGAAGAUACGAAGAAAAAAAUAGAAAAGCUUGAGGUUCUGGAUGGGUUGGUGAAUAAUGCUGGAAUUAGUGCCCAUGACUACGCAGCUGUUGAUUGUCCGAGGGAAAAUAUUUGCAAAGUACUGGACAACAAUCUUCUGAGCGCAAUAAACUGUUCGCAAGUUAUCGCAAAGAAAAUGAUAGAGGCUAAGGUGAAGGGCUCCAUAGUUAACGUAUCCAGCAUAGGAGGUCUGGCCUCGUUUCCAAAUGGCUUACCCUAUAAUAUAUCAAAGGCUGCAAUGGACAUGGCUUCAAAAGUAUUUGCUCUUGAACUUGGGCCACACGGAAUACGCGUGAACUCCGUGAAUCCCUCGCUCGUUAUGACACCAAUGAUUCGAGAACUGAUACAGAAUGGUCUUCCUCUGGAUAAAACUGCUGUUGCUCGAUCAUCGAUGGGUAGGCUUCUUGAGAUGAAUGAAAUAGUUGACCCGAUCCUUUAUCUCCUAAGUGAUCAUUCUGCCAUGGUAACUGGCCAAAUGCACGUUGUUGACGGUGGUUUAUUAUGUAAUAUUACAACCAAAAUAUAACAUCAUCAAGUUUCAAGGAACGAUAGUUUGUUUCUACAAACGGCAAACAAUAACAUUAUACCUUGAGUGCUUGAAGGCAUGAACAAUGUUGUUGUUUCUGAGACAAAAACUGUUUUCACAGAUUUGAUGUAAUCAUACGGAUUAAACAUUAUAAAAUUAGUUUUAUAAACAAAUUGUAUCUGUUCAAUGUCAACAUUCAUUUUCUGCAUAUAUAUAUAAUCAUACUGUAUUUUUAGAUUUAUAUUCGCUUGUAUGCUUUUAAAAGGAUAUAUACAUGAAUAGAGUAGUUACUGUAAAUAAAUGUGAUGCAAUAAGUAAAUCUUUGAUUCGCUUUCCCCGAUCCUUUCACAUCUGUUUCAUUUUUAUACACAUCGUAUGAAAUAUGUUACGGAAAUAUCUAAUGAUUUUGUUUUGCUUUUUCAGCAUAAAUUAUAUGUAAUGUAAUUUGAUACUGUAAAUAACACAAAUGUUCAGUUAUUAAAGUUGACGGUAGA